AUGGGAAUGGCAUUCCCAGACAAGAAGUUCAAUUUUGUUCUUUUCUCGGGGCGAUCAACGUCUCCAAUCACUUAUUCACCGGCUGAAUGCUUCCUAUUGGUGACCUUUUUGUUUUUCUUUCCUGUUAUCUUCCAAGUUCUUAUCAUCUCGUCUCAGCUUCAAACGGUUUCCCGUUAAAGCAUACAGUGAAAAAUUAGAUCUGGGGACGUCGAAUAGAAUUCGAUGUGCAACAUUCCCAAGAGUCUUUCGGAUGGAAUUCCGAAGGUCUUUAUCUUCGCAACUUUCCCAAAUUCUACCCUGGAUCUCAAUCAUCCUAUCAGCAAACCUAUGGAUUGUUACGAACUGCCGUAUUUUGUACCCAUUUAUUCCAUGGGUAGUCACAUAUUUCUUUAUUUUUUUAUACUUUUCACAACAUUGGAUUGGUGCUUUGCUAGAAAUUUCCAUUGAUAACCUGAUGUGUCUAUAUUGACUCUAUCACUUGACGCCAUUAAGCCCAAGAAAAAGCAAGGCCAACGAUCCUAGAUUGGGGAACGGACAGCAUUUGGUCUUUGGACAAUCCAAGGCCACGUAGGGGAAGAAGAGAAAGAUGCUUGGUGUUAUCAGCAUUACCGGAAACAGCUGUAUCAGUCAUCGUUACAGCCGUUGCAGUGGGUGCAGCUGCAACCUUUUUGAGAAGGAUCCCUGAGGCUUCCCCCAACAAAGAUGUAUAUUCUAACUCUCUAUCUCAAGAUGCCAUCCUUCUGACCCAUGUGUUGAUGUUCUCUUGUCUCGAUACUUGCUAGGCAGAGUUCUUUCGCUACAUGCGAAGACUGUGGUGGCUCUGGCAUCUGCUCUGAAUGUAAAGGAGAAGGAUUCGUGCUUAAAAAGUUGACAGACGAAAAUGCGGAGAAGGCGAGGUUGACCGCGAAGAACAUGGCAACCCGAUACACGGCCGGGUGAGCAUCAUCUCUCCUCGGAAAUCUACUACGAUAACUCAUCCUCACAUUUCUUGUUUACUCUUCUGAUCAAGGCUUCCAAGGAAGUGGACUUACUGUAACAAGUGCUCAGCAUCUCGGUCCUGUACAGCCUGCAAAGGAAGUGGGAAGGUGAGAUGAUCCGCGUUUUCCUUCACUUUCUCUCUCUUCGGUGAAAGAAGGCCGGGAGAAAGGCGUCAUUUUUAUCCAUGUUUUCGUGAUUUUCAUGCCCUUUGUCUCCGUUGUUUAUAUUUUUUAUGAAAACCCAUUCCGGUUUUUGUGUCUCCCGUGGUUUUCGAUUUUUUCCCACUUUGGUAAUCUUCUCAGAGUGAUCUUUAGAUUAAUCAUCGUAUUGCAAUGUUUCACAGAUAUUGCUAUAAGAUCCGGCGCGUAUCUUCGACCCACAUCCGUUCCUGCCGUUUAGUAUUCGCAGCGGGGUUUCCUUGUAUUUUAGUUUAUCUGUACGAGCAUGAAUUUUGAGAACGGGGGAGAAGUAAACUGUGGAUUGGGCCUCUCUCUCUCUCUCUCUCUCUCUCUCUCUCUCUCUCUCUCUGUUUGCACUUCAACCCCGGCUCAGAUAGAGAAACACAGCAGCCGCUACGUGGAAGCUGGACGAUACUCCGAUGGAGAAGAGAGAUUCAAAUGGUUUACGGUGCAUGAGUCUGUGGCUGCGCUGGUGCGUGUUUUUCCGUGUUGAAAGGAAGGGGUACUCAGUGUUGGGUGUGCAUGUCGAGACGAGAGAGACAGGGAUUGGCCCAGAAGCUGGUCCCCUUUUUCGACCAUGGAUCUGUGGCAUUGCCCUCGAGGCAGGUCCACCUUCUCAUUUGACUUCUCUCCCAUGGCUCCUACUCGGCCUCUUGUCGGAUAUUCCUCUCCGUUCCUCUCUCUCCCGACGCUCCUCUUCCUCGGAGAGAACUCGUUGCACCGCACUGAGCGGAGGAUAG